AUGUCAAUUAUUAGCAAUGAACUAGAGACAAAUGUCUCUGACGAUUUUGGUUUUAAGGCGCUGGGUUUGAAAAACAUUUUACCACCUUAUACAUCUAAUAAACCAUAUGCGUCAUUACAAAACUUUGAUAUCUCGAAUGAGAGAGAAUUAUAUAUUGCAGCCACUGGCAAUAAGAUUGUGGUUGGUAAGGUACAAAAUUUAAGAGAGUUUGUGGUUGUUGAUGAACCUGAAGCAGAGGGAAUUGAGGAUGAAAAUACAAUAAAAUUGGAAUUCUUAUGGGAAGAUGAUGUGGAGAAUGUCAUUUUUGUUAAAUUCACAACUAAUCAUAUCAUUUUUGUAUGUAGUACUGGUGAAUUAUAUUCCUUGGAUUAUGAUAAUAUACAAGAAGGUAAGAAAUUAUUGCAUACAUUAAGCAAUGAAAUAAGAGAUAUGAAAAUUCAACAUUCUACGAAUUUACUUUUGUUAUUAUUAAAAUCAUCCAAGUUAUUAUGUUACAACUAUGAAACUGGCCAAGAACUUAAAGAGAUAAGUGAUAAUGUGCUAUCAUUUGACAUAACUUACAAAAAAUUGGCUCUGGCAUUUUCGAAAGAGGACUCCAAACAGAUUAAAUUACUAGAUGCAACAAACACAGAAUUUAAAGAAGAACAAUCGAUCGACUAUCCAACUGAAGUGAUUGAAUUUUGCGAUGAAGGCUAUAGCACUGUAAACGUAACUAUAUUAAGCGACUCGCAGUUACUCAUGGUUCUUGAUGAAGUUUAUGAUAGACUACAUGAAGAAGAUGAAAUCAGUUAUGAUCAAAAGAUGUAUGUGAUUGAUCUCACACUUCCGGAAGUUUCAUUCAAAGAGUCAUUUGAUAUUACACCUGCAUUUGGAUCUGUUUUAAGAGUCCCAACUUUAUAUAACAUUAUAUUAAAUGGUUUGAUUGAUGAUAAAAAACAAUUGAAUGUAAUUGGGUCUUCUUGUGCGAGUGAAUUGACUAUAAUUGAUGAGAGUGGAGUUUUACAACCGUCACAAGAUGGUGAAAGGGCUAUUUUGCCAAUCAAUAAAGAAACUGACAAUGAUACAAACCCUAUUGGUAUCGCUAUUGAUAUAUCAUCUAGUGGGGUCAUCAGUGACCCAUGUAUGGGCGUAGACAAGAUUGAUCAAAUGGCUUUAAUAUAUAUUUUAACUGAUGACGGUAGUAUAAUAAUAGAUGGUAUUUACGAUUCCAAAGCAAUGAAAGAAGGUAAGUAUAAUAUUGAUAAUUUAAAAAAUCGAUUGCAUACUCGCGAAAACUUCUCAAUAGAAGAAGCAACUAAAGUUAAUAAUUUACCCACUCCAGAAAAAACUGAUGAUAGUAGUCUAGCAUUGAAGCUAGACACAGAUGAUGAUCUUGACAUCUCUAGUAAACUAUCAUUAGAUGUUAAUAAUGACCAGCCUGAUAAUGUGAAAUCACAUUCUAUUUUUGAAAACCCAGCAUUUGGCAGUACUGGAUUUGGUUCCACUGACAGCAAACCAGCUUUUGGCAGUACUGGAUUUGGUUCCACUGACAGUAAACCAGCAUUUGGCAGUACUGGAUUUGGUUCCACUGACAGCAAACCAGCUUUUGGCAGUACUGGAUUUGGUUCGACCGAUGCUAAACCAGCAUUUGGUAGUACUGGAUUCGGUUCGACUGACAGCAAACCAGCUUUUGGCAGUACUGGAUUUGGUUCCACUGACAGUAAACCAGCAUUUGGCAGUACUGGAUUCGGUUCGACUGACAGCAAACCAGCAUUUGGCAGUACUGGAUUCGGUUCCACUGAUAAAAAAUCACCAUUUGCCGGCACUGCCUUUGGAACCACUGGAACUAAAUCACUAUUUGGAACUUCUUCCUUCGGUCAGCUAUCGACAGAAUCAAAUAAACAAUCUCCUUUUGCCAAAUUAUCUUUAAAUAAAGGAAAUUCUGAUUCUAUCGAUAAUCCAUUUUUGAAACCAACAGAACAAAUGAAAUCUAAUUUAUCAAUUGAAAAUAAUUCUAACAUCACAGCCUUCAGUCCUUCAAAAUCUGUAAGAAGCGAUAAUGAAGGGGAUGAAUCAUUUGAUAUAACAGAAUCUGAGUUAGCAAAUGAAAAUGAUAAUGAUGAGAAGGAUUAUGUUGUUUUAGAAAAAGAAAACCCACUAGACAAUGCACCAAUUAAGGACAUAAACGAAGAAGCAGACUCGGUAUCUAUAAAAAGUGAUUACGAAGUUACGUCUGAUACUGCUGGUUAUGGGCAUGAAGAAAAUAAUCGUGACGUAAAAGAGGAUCAAAGUAUUUCCAUUUCUUCUGACGAAAACAUCUCUCCCUCAUCUGAUUUGAGUGAUUCGACUAUUAAUCAAACGCCAAUUUCAAAUAUUCCUGAUACCAUUAAUGAUGAAACAGAUGUAAAAGUAGCUUCAACCAAAACAAUGAAUGAACCAAAAACAUUUUCUCUCGCCAACUUCACAGAUAGGUUGAAACAGAAAACAAAUAUUGAUACUGACUCUACUGCGCUUUCAUUUCCUGAUAGAACUGCUAAAACAAAUAAUUUAUCACCAUUUGCAAGUUACACGUCAGAAAUUCAUAAACCUACGACAUCAUCAUUUUCAUUAGGUAGUAAUGAUGUUAAUAAGGAAGAUGAUGAAAAGGUAGAGGAUAGACAUUCGCCCUCGUUAAAUGAUUUAGCAACACCAUCUGCUACUGAGAUUCCGAAUGAUAAUAUUGAAAAUCUUGAUAUUAUAGAUCAUUCUGCUGAAUUAUUUGAACAAAAUUCAACACCAUCAGUAGACGAUGACAUCGAAAAUGAAAGAGCAAAUUUAUCAUCUCCUGAAGAAUUGAUUGAUGAUGACGCAGAAGUUUCUGAAAACACAUCAGAUUCUCCCAAUAAUGACAAGCCGCUUAUGACUGAUUUUGCCAUGCAAGUACAAUGUGCCGGACAAUGUGACAUUGGCAAUCAAACAAUAAUUAAAGAAGCCUGUGAUUUUUCAAUGUUAUCAUUCGAAGAUGAUGAGGAAUACCUCUCAAAGGUCACCGUUCCAAAGCGUUUAGGUAACUUUUAUUCUGGAGCAUUAAUUGAUAAACUAGAAUCAGUUUCCACAAAUGUUAAUUUACAAGCUAUUGAAAAAACCUGCAGUUUCAUUGAUGCUGAAAUAUCGGUAUUAGAAUUAAACAUAAAGACAUUAAAAGAUUUUAUAUCAGAUCAUUCCAUAGCCCAAAUCGAAAAAAGAACAGAUUUGACAUUACCAAAUAUAUACUCAUGGAGAUUAGCAGAAGCAAAAACAUUUACUGAAAUAUUAAGUAAAAUUUCUACUGAUGUGGCUAAUAUUUUCACAGAUGUCAGUCACUGUGAUGAAGAUGCAUCUAUAUUAUAUUCAAAAAUUUCUUCUAUCAUCGAGUCUAAAAACGAAGUCACAUCCAUCAUUGAUCAGUUUCAGAAUGGUUUAGAUAAUAUUAAAUCAUCAGACUUUUUAUCCUGCUAUCAAGAGGCACUUCAAAACAAAUUACGUGUAUCCAUCAAGAAUAUUUUAGAUAAAUUAAAACUUAUUGAGGAGUCGACUAAUUUGUUAAAAGUCUACACAAUUAGAAAUGAUAGUUUAAAACAGAACCCUUAUGUCAAUAAAUUGAUAUCUGAUUCAAUGAACCGUGGUACAUUAUUGGAACAAAUAAAAGGCCUAAGACAGGAUGUAUCGCAUCUCUCUAUUAGUGACAAUCAAAAGCAGUUAGAACUGGUAAAAUCUUCAACAGUUUCGCGUUUGGGACUAAAUUCGUAUAAAGAUUCAGAAUCAAUAAAAAUUUCCGAAACAGCUUUAAGAAUGAAUACAAAGAGAGAGAUUGGUAUAUUGUUCAAAGAAAUAUUAUAA